AUGCAUGGCAACAAGCAGGGAAGCACAACGGUUCAUCCGGAGUGUAAGUCACGUCCAGAUAGUGGCCUUUCAGCUAUCACAGAACUUGACCCAUGUUAUAUAACAGGUCCUCUUUCAUCAGUAUGGAAAGAAUGGUGCAUUGAAUUUGGGAUUGAGGCAAAUGAUAUUCUUGUUGUUCCAUAUGAUUGGAGAUUAUCACCAUCAAAGCUUGAAGAAUGGGAUUUGUACUUCCACAAGCUAAAACUUGAAAUCAAGAAUAAGGUUCCCUCACCACUUUACAAUCACACACUCGCCACAAUUCUGGUGGAAUAUGCUUCUGCAGGUUUUGAAGUAUUAGAGCUAAUUGUUGAUGUUGAGAACUGUCUUCAGGCCUUUGUUGGGGUUGCAGAUGAUCUGGAUGCAAUUGUUAUUGCAUUCAGAACUGUUCCCUAA